CUUCGUUUACAAAACUCAAGUAAAGUCUUCUAUCCAUUCUCUUCACCCUCUGCAACCCAAUUCUCUGUUUCUGUUUCUCCCCUCCUGUCCAUAAAAAAUGGCUGCUGCUACUCAGUUUAAUAUCAAGCCAAACAAAGCCAUUUUCCAUUCUAAACUCACUUCCAAACACUGUCUUAAACCAGGCAGAUUUACUAUCAAGUGCGCCGCCGUGACACCAUCAAAACGCUACUCCAUCACUCUUCUCCCCGGAGAUGGUAUUGGCCCAGAAGUCAUAUCUAUUGCGAAGAACGUUCUCAAGCUUGCUGGCAACCUUGAAGGUAUUGAAUUUAGUUUCCAAGAAAUGCCAAUGGGUGGAUCUGCUUUGGAUUUAGUUGGAGUUCCAUUGCCCGAUGAAACCCUUUCUGUUGCUAAGCAAUCUGAUGCCGUUUUACUUGGAGCUAUUGGAGGGUAUAAAUGGGAUAAUAAUGAAAAACAUUUGAAGCCAGAAACUGGUUUGCUUCAGCUUAGGGAAGGACUGGAGGUUUUUGCUAAUUUGAGGCCUGCUACUGUGUUACCUCAGCUAGUGGAUGCUUCUACUUUGAAGAAAGAGGUUGCUGAAGGCGUUGAUGUAAUGGUUGUAAGGGAGCUUACUGGAGGUAUCUAUUUCGGAAAACCAAGGGGUUUUGGCACCAAUGAAUCUGGUGAGGAGAUUGGCUUCAACACUGAGGUGUAUGCUGGAUAUGAGGUUGAUCGCAUUGCUCGUGUUGCAUUUGAGACUGCUAGGAAACGAUCUGGAAAACUCUGCUCAGUUGACAAAGCAAAUGUCUUGGAGGCAUCAAUGUUCUGGAGGAAAAGAGUGAUUGCCAUUGCCGAAGAGUAUCCUGAUGUUGAGCUCUCACAUAUGUAUGUUGAUAAUGCUGCUAUGCAGCUCGUUCGCAAUCCAAAACAGUUUGAUACAAUUGUGACAAACAACAUUUUUGGUGAUAUACUAUCUGAUGAGGCUUCAAUGAUUACAGGAAGUAUAGGAAUGCUUCCAUCCGCUAGUCUUGGUUCAUCGGGACCUGGACUUUUUGAACCAAUACAUGGUUCUGCUCCUGACAUUGCUGGACAGGACAAGGCAAACCCAUUGGCAACAGUGCUUAGUGCUGCAAUGCUUUUGAAGUAUGGCCUUGGGGAAGAUAAGGCUGCAAAGAGAAUUGAGAAUGCAGUUUUGGAUACCCUAGAUAUGGGAUUUCGGACGGGUGACAUUUAUUCUGCUGGAACUAAAUUGGUGGGAUGCAAAGAAAUGGGUGAUGAAGUGCUGAAGUCUGUAGAUUCCCAAGUUCCAGCUGCUGUUUGAACUAAAGCCAUUUAAACUACAAAAGUUAGGAGCUAAACUUUACAAUAGUGUUUCUUAGAUGAGAAUCUUCACAUCAAGAUGCUCUCAGUAGAAAAAUGAUGAUUAUGUUUCCUCCCAACAUUUUCAUCCAUGUGAUUUAUGAGGCUUUUCAUUAAUAUUUUAGUUGCCAUCUUUGAGGAGGUGUUGUAUUUUUAUCGGAUUUUAUAAGCAAAAUGCAUUUUUGAGCUCUGUAGAUUAAGCUCCAGAGCUUUUCAGGUUUA